AUGUCCCACGAGCUACCGAUGCGCCCCUGGCAGAUAGUAAGUCUAGAUCUCUUCCAGCACAGUGGCAAAGACUUUCUGCUGGUAGUCGAUCAUUACUCAGACUUUUGGGAGAUUGACCUCCUCCCCGACCUCUCAGCAGAGACAACGAUCAAACGCUGCAAGGCUCAGUUUGCCCGCUAUGGCCAGCCAGAUAGGGCUCUGCGAGAGGGCAAAGAUGCCUGGAAAGCAAUCCUGCAGUGGCGCAAUACCCCGACAGAAGGCAUGGACAGCAGCCCGGCACAGCGCCUCAUGGCACGCCGCUUAAAAGCAGCUCUGCCAGUAGCCAGCACUCUCCUGGAGCCAUGUGUGGUGACAGACGUGAUGGUGAAGCUACGUCACAGAAGACAGGUCUCCAAGUUCAUCUACGACAAACCGGCAAAAGACUUACCUGAGCUCAGGGUGGGUGAAACGGUGCGAAUGAAGCCACUACCAGGGGACCGGACAGGCCUCUGGAGACUCGGAUCCUGUGUACAGAAAGUGGCACCACGCUCCUACUUGGUCGAAGUGAAUGGAUCACUGUACCGUCGUAACAGGGUUGACCUUCGGAUUGCUGAGCCAGCACGUCCUCAGAACCCUGAUGGCCAAAGGGGUCGCAUGACAAAAGACGGAACCCCAGCAAGUCACAUGGGGCCUGAGGCACUGGGCGAAGAGCCAGGGCAUCAGAGUAUGCCUGGGGAGAAGCCUUAUGGUCUAGGUGCCUGUUUCAACCCAACAACAGAGCGUUGCUGUGUGAACCCUAGCUCUCACCAGGGUCAAAGCUACUCUCAUGACCAGGCCCGCUUUGAUGGAACACUCAGCCACACCCCAUGUGUCUACAAAGGUGCUAGCUGUGUCUGUUACAAUCCAGACAUCAACAUCUGCUGUGCCGGGAAGCUGUCCAGAAGGGUGUUUGGGAAAAACCUGUGCUGCGGUACAACUCCGUAUGGUAUAGAGGACCGAGGGGUGCUGUGCUGUAACCAGACCUUGCACCGUGCGGUGGAGGAUGGGUACCAGUGCUCCCCAGGUGGCCACUUGUAUCUGCCAUCCCGUGACAUGGUGUGUGGCUCACGAGUUCAUCUGAACGAUCCAGGCAAACACUGCUGUGGGGAGGAGACAUACUACCCUCAGUAUGAAAUCUGCUGCAACGGACACAAACACAACAGGUUGGGAAACAUGUCCUGCUGUGGAGGGAAGGUGUACAACCCCAGCAGCAGCCAGAUGAAGUGCUGUGCAGGGAGUCUGUACAACCUGCAGGUUCAGGGCAGGCUCACAGAAGAUACCCAGUGCUGUGGGAGUGUUCUGAUGGAGGCCGGCUCCACCCAGACCUGCUGCUCUGCCCCAGGGCUAGACCUGCUCUAUCCUACCCAGCCAGGCUUCACCUGCUGUGGGCACCGCUACCCCAACACAUCCCUGUGGUCUUGCUGCGCCGGGGUCCUGCACCCAAGGCCUGAACCACACAACACCACCAAGAACGUGAUUCCAGGACCCAGACUUCUACCACUGGGGGAUCUGAAGACUGAAGUCCUGUGUCACAGCAGAGGUCUGCUGGGGACAGUGGCGAGUGUGUCCGUGAAGAUGAACGAGCGGUCCAUCGGGAUAGUAAACGCCUUGUCUUUGCUUGCCUCGCAUGGCCAUUUCAAAGCCAUGGCUUCCCCUCACUACCUCACAUUACCCGACCACUGCAGCUCCCCUGAACUAGUGCCAGGCAACACUUACAUCUGGGUGAAAAAUCCUUUCUCCGACACCAUAAGUUUCAUCUCUGAUCUCAGCGAUCAUUCCUCCCCUCUUCAUUCCAUCCUUUCCAGGUGCUCAACCUUUAUCCAGCCUAGAAGAAAGAGAAGGUGAACCAUCUCAACAGAAAAUGAAUUCUGGGUUUUGACAUAGGCUAUUGUACAGAAAUCUUUUAUGUUAUCUGACGAUAAGCUUAAAACUAGCAUCUUUAUGAUCUCUAGUGAGCCAUAUCUCAGGAUAAGUCAUAUUUUGUCUGUCUGGUUAGUGGUUUUCUGUAAUAUUACCACAAAAGACUGACUACAUGUUUUGUUGCAAUCUGUAAUUGGUGCAUCCAUUUUUGGACUUGUAAAUUAAUUAUAUCUACAUAUUGUUUAUUAAAAAAUAUAAUUUGUCCUAGGCUUAGUUCAAAUGUCGUACAUCGCAGAACCCAAAAUAGGCUUGUUUUACUAUGUAAACAAUGUAUACUGAACAAAAAUAUAAACAACCAUUUCAAAUAUGUUACAUUGCAUCAGUUAAUUACAUUAAAUUAUUUAGAUCUUUCGUUAGGGUUUUACAAUACAGGGAAUACAGAUAUG